CGCACGCUGGCAGACUGGUCCAACACGGGUGGUUUGUGGAACUGAACAGAUGGCAGCUGACAGAGAGCCAUUUCUGCAGAUGAGGAGCAAUACCAAGGCACACCUCACAGUGUUCUUCGAAGGCACGGCCAACACCAUCGAGCCCUUGACCACACAAAUUGGUUUGUUCUUUAUGCUCACAGAUGCCUUCGAUGUGAGUGGUGGAAGUUUGGGCGGAGCACCCUUGGAGCAACCAAGGAAGAUGGCCUUCGAUGGAUGUGGGGUCACUGAUGGCUUUUGUGGGACCAUUUGUGCAAAAGGCUUGCGCCGCCAGUGCCGCAUGGUGCGUCGACAGGUGGACAGCCUUUUGGCGGAACUCAAAAACAACACUGCAGAGCAAUCCAAACUCCGAGUGAAUGCUGUUGGCCUCUCCCGUGGAGGGAUCGCAUGCUCAUAUCUUGCACAGGAAAUGGCUGAUAUUCCAGCAUCGAGCUGUGAGCUUUCAUUGCUUUUGUUCGACCCUGUUCCUGGUGACUUGCUAACUGUGGCCCAGCUCGACUUCUUUCGACUUACAAACACCUCGGCAUCCGGCGACAUGUCCAACUGCAUGGUGGAGGAAGAAGUCACUCUGGGUUGCCAUCAAGGAGCCCUACAAAUACACGAUUUGCGAGGACCAGUGAUCGACUUGGCCUCUGCCAUGUGUUUCUUGCGCAUCAGACGUUGGCUCAUGGAGUGUGGGACGCCCUUGGACCACAACCACGUGGAUUGCACGGUCAAGGUGCACCACCUGAGCCUGCCGAAUCCUUGAAUCGAUUUCUUCCCCAACAUGCACUCGUGCCCCAAUUCCAGGUGAAGGACUUGGAGGCCUUUUGCCUGCGAAAAUGCAAUGCUGAAGUGAAGCGGUUGUCUCCUUCCAGCCGCUGCUCUCAUACCGCGCUGAGCUGCUGGGGAGCCACCAUUGUGCGGCACAAGCCUGAUCGAGGUGUCCAAUUCUUGAACGAGCAACAUCGGCUCCUGGCCAGUGCGGGCAGCGACGAGAAGUGGCUCUUGGAAAUCCGGACGGCCUUUAGGCAACGGAACAGGCCGAAUGGGCGAAUGGGCAUACGGUCACCUGCGAAACGAAAAACCGCAACACGUGAUGACACCGGGAAAGUUUGGUACUUGCUGACUUCGCAAGCGUAAUUGGGGUCCCAUCACAUGCAAAGUCUAUUUGUCAAGGUGGCAAAGCUACUCUUACAGCUGUGGAGCUGCUAGCACCACUAGGAAACAUCCGUGAGAUGGUUUUGGCAAUAUGUCAAUGUGAGAUGGUGUGAGAAGCAGGCCACCCGCGGUUUUGAGUAUUCUCCCUCUAGUCACUACUAGUCCAUCACAUUGGUUG